GCAAUCGUUCGUAAAUAGUCGAAAUAAAGCAUAUUUCGAAUGCAUUUAUAGAAACGCAUCAAACUCAAAAGUUGAAAAGAUGUAGUGCUGCUCUUUAUUUCUUCCUUUUACUGUGCACCCCAUAUUGUUGAUAUUUUGUAUUUGACGUCGGAUGUUAAAUAGCGGAAGAAUUUGUUCAAACCAAUUUAUAUAUUAUUGUUUUUCCAUUAUUAUUAAGUAAAAAUGGUUUAAACUUACGUUGCAAUUUGUUAUAAAUGUAAACUUCUUUAAAAUUGUUUUGUUUGUGAUUAUCAAUUUAUUAUGAAAGAAAGUUUUCAACAAGUUUCAUUUUGAGAUAAUUUCGUAAUUAUGCAAAAUAAAUCAUAUUAAAAACUUUAAUUGAUUCUUUGACGCAUGAUUACAUUUGAUAAUCAUUUCUUAUCAAAUUUUUUAUAUAAAAGUGACAUUUUGCAAUUGUCAAAGAAACUAAAUGGCCACUAGUCAAUAUGCAGAAGAAGUGGGUUGUUGGAAGCGGGAAAAUGUUUUGGGAACUGGAGGAUUUGGAUAUGUGGUGCUAUGGCGAAAUAAGGAAACGAAUGACACAAUUGCAUUAAAAGAAUGUCGUUGGGGUCAUGAUCCUGCUAUGACACCAAAGCAUAGAAAUCGUUGGAAGUUAGAAGUAGAUAUGAUGUCCCGUCUGGAUCAUCCCAAUGUUGUCACUGCAAUACCUGUACCUCCUGAGCUUGAUGUGCCUCCUACUGAAUUACCAUUACUAGCCAUGGAGUAUUGUAGCAAUGGGGAUCUUCGUAAGUUAUUGAGUAAACCAGAAAACUGCUGUGGCUUGAAAGAAAAGCAUGUAAGGCUUAUAAUGAGGCAUGUCUCUUCAGCCAUUAAUUACUUGCAUUCCAUGAGAAUCAUCCACCGGGAUUUAAAACCAGAAAAUAUUGUUAUACAAAGCCAAAAUGAAAAUGUAGUAUAUAAGCUCAUUGAUUUAGGAUAUGCUAAAGAGCUUGAUCAGGGUAGUCUUUGCACUUCCUUUGUUGGCACUCUUCAAUAUUUAGCACCUGAAUUGUUCAUGUCUCAGAAAUAUUCUUGCACGGUAGAUUAUUGGAGUCUAGGUCUUGUAGCACAUGAAGUUAUUACAGGAUCUCGUCCAUUUCUUCCAGAUAAAUCUCCUGCUGAAUGGAUUCCCAUUAUUCGACAAAAGAAUUUUGAUCAGAUUCGUGCUUAUUUAGAUGAAGAUAAAAACAUUGUAUUUUCUUCUGAAAUAGCACCGUGCUAUUAUAUCUCCGACGCAUUCAAGCAAGAUGUUGAAGAAUGGUUGCAAUUAAUGUUAGAUUGGAAUCCUAAGAAAAGAGGGAGAAAGGGAGAUGUCACAUUUUUCUCCCUUUUAGAGACUAUUUUAAACAAAAAGGUUGCUGUUGUAUUUUGUGUUGAAACCUUAAAACUCUACAAUUUGAUAGUUACUGAUGGAAUGAGCUAUCAAGAUUUCUGUGUGCAACUUGAAAUGAAGACGGGUAUUCCAGUUGCACAGCAAGAACUUUUUCUUUCUAAUGGUCAUUUCCCAGAUACUCGAAAGGGUGCUGAACAGUUUGUUUGCAACUUAGAAGAAGAGGAGCAGGUCACUUACUUAUUUGAUUUGAAAAAUACGUCUUCAUUGCCAUUACCGUCAUCUGCUACUUAUAUUUCACCUUCUGUUGAAGCCAUGAUGAGGAAACCACUUGAGACUGUGGAUUAUCUACAACAACGUUCAGUUUGGGCUGAAGCUGUUCAUUUAUGCCAACAAGAAUGCAUUCGAACUUCAAGAGUUUCAAAUGCCUUUAAAGCAUAUGUAACAAACUUAGUUGCAAAAAAUUCAAGUGCUCACAAAAGUGUCUCUCGCAUGACUGCCGAAAUGAAUAAAUUGAUGGCAAAAUGUUCCUUUUUAAAACGCGGUCUUGAGUUGGACAUCAAAUAUUAUAAGAAGCAAUAUAAAAGGGGUGGAUUUUCUUCCCCACAAAUGAUUGAGGACUGGGAAAGAACUCAUGAAAAUUUGCAAAAAAUUGAGCUUUUGAAACAAAAGGUUAUAAAUGUGGAAGCUUGUUAUUCAAAUAUUUCAAGUCAUGCUGUACAUCUUCAUAAAUCACCUCUUGCUAGGACAAAACUUAUAGCUCCCAUUGAAGAAACAUAUAAGAAAGUUUUGGACUCUAUUUCAAAUCUCAGGAAACGAUCGAAAGAGCAGAGAAGGAUACCACAUGAUAAUACAGACUUUGUGAGAUGUCUGUGCUUGUGUUUGCAGCACAAUCAUGCUCAAACUCAGGAGUUGUUAACACACAUUAGGAAAGUAAAGCAAGUGAAACAAGAUAUUGAUGAAUCAUCACCUCUGAUUAUUAACUUAUCAUUAGAAAUGUCUGAAUGGGAUGCUCAAAUUGAUGGUUGGCAAUCGCAGAGGCAACGAGAAAUAUGGGCACUGGUUGAUACAUUGUGCAAUAAAAUAAAACAAUCUGAUGGGGCCAAAUCACCUUCUCCUGUAUGUGGCUCUCCUCAAAUCAGACCUGAAUCUAGUGAUCAAGCUGUGUUCAGACGAUGUAGCCCUGAUCCUGGUCAAAGUUAUAUGUUGGAAACUCGGAAACUAGCAAGCUUAAGUAACAUCUCUCCUCCUGUUAUCAUUCCACCACCUAACCAAAGAUCUCUCAGUCGAUGUUCUACUCAUUCCAAAGAAGACAGUAGUAUUCAAAGGCUAAGCCAAAGCUCUAUGUCCAUUAGUGGAUCUAUGCCCUUGUCAUUUAUUUUAGAUGAGACAUCUAAAGACAACCAAAGAGUAAAACAAGAAAACCAAGAAUUAGUUGAAAAAUUUCAAUCUAUGAUGGAACUUUUACUGAGUUACAAAGAUUCUGAUGCAACCGAGACACUAAAAUAAUAACGGGAACUUUACUUUUGUGUAUUGAACUAGAAGUUGUGAAUCAAUAAUUUAGUACUUUAUGUCAAGUCAAAACAUUCUAAGCAUAUUUUAUAUUUGUUACUUUAUAAUUCCAAUUCUCUUUAUUAUGAGUUUAAUUGUUAUUUGAUCUCUUAAUUUUUUUGAUCAUUGAUAUCUAUAUUGUGUAUAUAUUCCAUGUUUUUAGAAUGAUUCUCAAGAGGACGCUAUACUGUGGUAAGAGCUUUUAAUGCAAAUUUUGUUUUACAGUUUUCUUCUAUACUCUGUAAUCUUGCCAUAAUUUGUUUGCUUUUGAUGUUUAGAAGGAAAAAUCAAACAUUUACAACUUCAUGGUUUUCUCUAGAUUGCCCGAACUCCCUUUUACUAUACUUGAAAUUUUAAAUUACUACUGCAGUAUAGAGUCCUUCUAAGGGCUAGUGGAAUUAUUUUUAAAGUUUUAACAACUAGUUGACAGUUGAUUAUUGCGUAGAUAUUUCAUUAUCUUUAGAUGUUAUUAAAUGUACAUUCUCAGGAUAGUGCCUUUUUGCUAUUGUUUGUUCAAAAAUAUCUGUUGCAGCAACUGUGUCAAUUGUAAGUACCUGAAGUUGAUAUGAGUUAUUAAUCCACAUUGCCGUUUUUAUUGUUAUUGGUACUGAAAAAAUUUAAAAAUACAAAUGAUUGUAAUAAAUGUGGUGAUUUUUCUGUAUAAUAUUGUUAAAAUUUAUGCCAGUUCUGAAUUGAGUCUAAUUAAAAUUUUGUCUUGGGGGCUCAGAGGCCCCCAUCAGGGGGGAAGGUGGGUGCACGAUGAGCCCACUUGAAGCUUGGGGGGAAUUUUUGUACUAAAUAAAACGAAUAGUUUUGGGGGGGAAUUUAGAAUUGCCCAAAAAUGUGCCCAACGAGGGCCGGGAUAGCC